CCACAAUUAGUUAAUAAGUUUGGAUAUUUAAAUGUGGACAUUCAGUUGAUUGUUGGAUUUACAAUUCCAAGUUUAUAUCAACAAUUAACUUUCAUCUCUAUUUUUUUGUACAGUAAAAACAAUCCAAUUGAGUUUUAAUCCAGUUUAUUAUUUUAAUUGCUUGUGAUUUCAUUUUGUUUGCUAAAUCAUCAUAAUACUUAUCAAUAUGAGCUAUACCAUAAUUAUUGUGAUUACAUUUACACUUGUUAAUUGUUGUCUUCAUCUAGUUUCAUCUGAAUCAUUAAAUGAACCCAAUGGUUGGAUUAACAGUAAUCCGACAACAACCGAUCAACAAUCAAGUAAAUUGUUUUUCCUCAAAUAUUUAAUUCCCAAUGGUAAAUCAAUCAACAAUAAAAAUCUCGCUGAAAAUCAAGGUUGGUUGUUAAAUGAUUACUUUAAUCAACCAAUGAUGAUGUACGGUAAACGGGAAAGUGGUGGUGGUGGUGGAUCAAGAUUAGCCGAUGAUCUUCCUCCUCCACCCCCUGGAUUUGUCGGGUCAAGAGGCCGUCGAGCGGGUGAACUGAUCGGCUCUGAUAUUGACAUUCGAAGCACUUUAAUCAACCGAAUGGCCAAAUCGAUGGGCAUCUCACCUUUACUUUUAAUUGAUCGAUUGCGACAAAAUGAAAGUAAAAAGAAAGACUUGUUACCUUAUAAAGACGCAUUCAUGGGAUCAAGAGGUUAACUAAUUAACUAAUUCAAUUACAAUUACAAUUACAAUCAACGAUCAUAAACUCUCUCUCUCUCUCUUAAUUGUUAUCAUAAUCUCAUAAUCUCAUCUCUUAAACAAAGAAAAACUUAACUGACUAAUUGAAACUAAAAUACUUGUAGCAAAAAAAAAGUAAAUAAAUUAAUCAUUUGAUUGUGAAUAAAGAUGAAAAUGUUGAUUAAAUUGUAA